AUGUCGUUCUCACCAUCUAAAAACCCGCAGCCUUCAAAACCGAAAUCUGCACUUGACGUUGUCGUCAACCAACUAGUUCGUGCAUCACUCGGCGGGGUGCCCUCUUCAUUACCAGACGAAGACUUGGACAAGUAUGUCGCUGAUCUUAUUUUGAAAGAAGCGGCUGCUAAAAAUAAGUUGUUUAAUAAAGAAGGUAUCCGCGCUUAUUUGCCAAAUACUGGGGUCCCUCCUUGUAAUUUACCAAAACCGAAUAAACGCUUUUUGUUCAACAUUGUGAAAAGUGUCGAUGAUCACAAUCAGGCACUCAUUAGAAAAGAGGAAGAAGAAGCUGCAAAAAGGCAUAUCCCGUUGGUAAAUAGGAGUCGUUUAAGGGAAAGUGAAUCAAAUGAUUCAUCAUCAUCAUUAAGAGGAUAUCGCCAAAGUAGAAGGCCAGAACGCCUUCGCCAUGGCAAAAACAUUCAGGAUUUAGACGAAAGUGAUCAAUAUAGUAGCAGCAGUGAACGUGGUGGUGGAUCUUUUGAUGAACCUAAAAGAAAAAAGUCGCGUCAUAAUCAAAGUAGUGCACAAGAUUCAUUGCGUGGCUACCAAGAAGAUGAAUAUUAUAUUAAUAAAGAUAAAUAUCAUCAUCGUCGUCAUAGUGACAAAUCUUCAAGUGAGCAGGAACAUCACACCCUUCGUCAAAAACGAUCAAGAAAACGAAAUCACUCAGUUGAAAAUUUUUCACGUUCGAGUUCCAUCGAAUCUCUCCAAGAAAAAAGAAAAGAAUAUAAAACAAAAUCUUCUUCAUUAUCAUAUACUACUUUUAACAACAACAAUAGUUUAACUGUAUCAUCCUUACCAUCAUCUUCAUCACAAUCUCAUAAAUAUCAUUCUGCUGAGAAUAGUGGCAAUGAGAGCAACGGUAAACAUCAAUUAGUUGAAAUGGCAGAGACAGCAUCAAUUUACAAAGACACUUCAAUUAAGGUAGUUUUCAAAGGCCGCGGAGAAACAAGCAACGGAUCAAAAAUGGAUAAAUAUUUUCGUAAAGAUUAUGAUCCAAUGCAUGAUGUAGAACCUUUUCUUGGGGACAAUGGAUGCAGUGAUAAAUCUAAACGAAAACACAAAACACGAGAAUCUUCAGAUUCAUAUGAUUCAAACGAUGAUAGUGAUUAUUCGACAACUUCCGUCGAAUCUGAUGAGAGAUAUGUCAAAUCAAAAAAUUCGCGUCGUAAACGUCAUAAAAAAGAUGGUACGGAAUCUGGUUAUAAGGGCCAUCAUAAAAAAACGACUGCUCAGGUUGUACGCGAGUGGGAUAUGCCAAAAUUAGCAACUGGUUCAUGGUAUUCAGAAAAAACAUCAUAA